GCUACUUCCGGGUCUCCGGCGGCUGCCGCGGCCGCCCUGGCUGGUUCCGGGGAGGGAAGCGACCUGCCCGGCGCCUCCGCCAUGGCCUCCCCCGGGCACCGCGACGCGCCGGAGCUGCCCGACUUCGGCCUCCUGAAGCGCCUCGCCCGGGACCAGCUGGUCUACUUGCUGGAGCAGCUUCCCGGAAAGAAGGACCUGUUCAUCGAGGCCGACCUGAUGAGUCCCCUGGACCGCAUUGCCAAUGUCUCCAUCCUCAAGCAACAUGAAGUGGACAAGCUCUACAAGGUGGAGAACAAGCCAGCCCACAGCACCAGUGACCAAUUGUGUUUCUUAGUCCGGCCGCGCAUCAGGAACGUGAAGUAUGUGGCGGACAUGGUGAACGCUGACAAGGCAGCUGGUAGGACCCGCAAGUACAAGAUCAUCUUCAGUCCUCAGAAGUUCUACACCUGUGAGAUGGUGCUGGAGGAAGAGGGGAUCUAUGGGGACGUGACCUGGGACGAGUGGUCCUUCUACCUGCUCCCUUUGGACGACGACAUCCUCAGCAUGGAGCUGCCCGAGUGCUUCCGCGACUACUUCCUGGAAGGGGAUCAGCGCUGGAUUAGCACCGUGGCCCAGGCGCUGCAGCUGCUCAGCUCCCUCUUUGGGCCCUUCUCGAGGACCUAUGGGGUUGGCCGCUGUGCCAAGAUGGCCCACGAGCUCUGGCGUGAGCUAGUGGAGGAGAGCGAGAUUGACAGCGUGGGCCGGAAGCCAGAGAUCGGCCACAUGUUCCUCAUCGACAGAGAUGUGGACUAUGUCACCGCCCUUUGCUCUCAGGUCGUGUACGAAGGCUUGGUGGAUGACACGUUCCGCAUCAAGUGCGGGAGCGUGGACUUUGGCCCAGAUGUCACCUCCUCUGAGCGGAGCAUCAAAGUCCUCCUGAAUGCCCAGGACAAGGUAUUCAGCCAGAUCCGCAACGAGCACUUCUCCAGCGUCUUUGGCUUCCUCAGCCAGAAGGCCCGGAACCUGCAGGCGCAAUAUGACCGACGGCGAGGGAUGGACAUCAAGCAGAUGAAGACCUUCGUCUCCCAGGAGCUGAAGGGCCUCAAGCAGGAGCAUCGGCUGCUGAGCCUCCAUAUCGGUGCCUGCGAGUCCAUCAUGAAGAAGAAGACCAAGCAAGACUUCCAGGAGCUGCUGAAGGCAGAGCAUGCCCUGCUGGAAGGCUUCAGCAUCCGAGAGAGCCUCAGUUUCAUUGAGGAGCACAUCGCCCGGCAGGUCUCCCCCAUCGAGAGUCUGCGUAUGCUGUGCCUGCUGUCCAUCACAGAGAACGGGCUCUCCCCCAAGGACUAUCGCUCCCUGAAAACCCAGUACCUGCAGAGCUACGGACCGGAGCACCUGCUGACCUUCCAGAACCUCAAGCACCUGGGACUGCUGACAGAGCAAGUGGCCGGGGAGACCCUGACGGCCGUGGAGAGUAAAGUCAGCAAGCUGGUGACCGACAGAGCUGCAGGGAAGCUUUCGGACGCCUUCAGUUCACUGGCCAGGAAGAGCAAUUUUCGAGCCAUCAGCAAGAAGCUGGGUCUGAUCCCUCGGGGGGAUGGGGAGUAUGACCUGAAAGCGCCCCAGGAUAUGGCCUACGUCUUCAGCGGUGCCUACGUCCCCCUGAGCUGCAAGAUCAUCGAGCAGGUGCUGGACCGCCGCAGCUGGCUGGGCCUGGAGGAGGUGGUGCGGCUGCUGGGGGGGAACGAGUUCGCUGCCACAGAUGGGGCUGCGGAGGAGAAUCCCGCGUGGGAUUCGCAGCGCGUCGUUCUGGCCGUCUUCCUGGGCGGCUGCACCUUCUCUGAGAUCUCUGCCCUCCGCUUCCUGGGCAAGGAAAGAGGGAUCCGGUUCAUCUUCCUGACGACAGCCAUCACCAGCAGUGCCCGGCUGCUGGAAUCCAUGGUCGAGAGCAGAGCGUGCUGAGCCGGGGUUUGCAGUGCUGGGUCUGGUUUUAUAGCUCUGCAGCUCCAGUUCCCUCUCCUAGAGAGAGAGCCAGAGAGCUGCCGUUGUUGCCCCGCCCCGAAUGGAGGGGUUGGAUAUUGUGGCCAGCCACGGCGGCCUCCCUCUGCCCCAGGAGAGGGCAGAGCCUACUUCUUCAGAGGGCUGGUUGUCUCUGCUUGGCGUGUGUCCAGCCUGAGGCCAGGGCUGCCUCCUUUCCCAGGAUGGGGGAUAGCCCCCCCAUGGAGGCCACUUUCCUCAAGCCUCUUGGGCUCCCGCCUCCAGCGCCCCCCCCAUGUCUGAUUUCUCUGCCCGUGGCACCACCCCGGCACAAGAACGAGGCCUCCCUUGGGGUUUGUGCUGUGUAACCCCCCGCCACCAGUAGCCUCCAACGGAGUUUCUUCCUUCUCCCUCCCGGCUGGCAGUGCAUGGGGGAAGUCUGGGAGAGGAGGACUGAGGAAUUAACCCUGAAAUGAUGCAUUUCGAGGAGGGGCUGUCAGUGUAAACACUUCCCACUGUUGCCAGUCCCCCAGAGGCCAGUGACUCUCUCCAGCAAAAUGUCGGCUUCUGCCCUCAAGAGUGUCCAGGCUUCAUCAGGACAGGAUGCUGAGCACCCCAGGAUCAAGGGAGCCCGCCCACUGCCCCCCACCCCCCAGAGUCCCGCAGUCUUUGCUCGGUGCCUCUGCCUGGAUUCCAUGGAGUGCAUGCAUGUGGCUGGUUCGAUUUUUGUUCUGCCUUUCCUGCUGAGUUCCCAAAGGAGAUGACAACAUUAAUACUCGGACAUUGAUAGAUUUGGAAAUACUAAUAAAACUCUCCACCGGU